AGGACUUCCGGAGGGAUACCAUCCUCAAGGGCAUCAAUAGCAUCGCGCAACGAAUGCACCGAUCUGAGGGGCAACUCGAAGAAAUCGAGAACGCGCGCCAGUGCGGCCCGGACUCGAAGAAGCGACGCAGCAUCGAGCAGGCCAUAGAGGGUCAAUCUCACUCCCCGUACUUCGCAACGAAGGAGUCGACCACCCCCGCGUCUAACAGACACCCUAACGGGAUCAGCAUCCAGAAUGGCGUCGCUCGCAAUGGCGAGAAUGGUGUCCAGCACCGCGCCCUGGAGAACCGCCCGCGCCACAUUCCGUUGGACGACCUCCCCCCUUUUGAGCAGUCGACUACCACAGACGCGGCGAUGCAGACGCAGCCGUCAACGGCUGCAACCUCGCCGGAGAACUACAUUUCCUGCCCUGCUUGUGGCCAUAAGAUGCCCCGCGCCCAAGCCCAGACCGUCGCGCAGCAGAUGGCGGGCGACGCUGCCCAAGCCGUCUCCCCCUCGUCUGCGCUGGACCUCGUCGUUCCGGCCGGACCGUUGGCUACUGCUACUGUCUCUGGAGGCCCAGAGGCCGUAGCUGAGCUCAACGUGCUGAAGAGUCAGAUUCAGGAUAUCGCCGAGGUGUGCGCCGCGGUCGCGAAAGGCGAUCUCAAGAAGCGCAUCACGGUCCAGGUCAACAGCGCAACGAUGAUACAUCUCAAGGACUCCCUCAACGGCAUGGUCGAUAAGCUCACCAUAUUCGCGGAAGAAAUCACCCGGGUCAGCCAUGAAGUCGGCACUGAAGGCAAACUCGGGGGGCAGGCACUGGUCACCGACGUCGACGGCACAUGGCGGGAGCUCACCAACACGGUCAACAAACUCGCGGCAAACCUCACGAACCAAGUUCGGAGCAUCGCAACGGUCACGACGGCGGUAGCCCAUGGCGACUUGUCCAAGCAGAUCGAAGUCGAAGCACAGGGCGAAAUACUGGACUUGAAGAAUACGGUCAACGGCAUGGUUGUGCAAUUACGGACGCUAGCGGGCGAAGUCACGCGGGUCACGCACGAAGUCGGCACUCUGGGCAAAUUGGGCGGUUCUGCAGAUAUUCCUGAUCUCAAGGGCGUUUGGUCAGACAUGACACGCAGUGUGAAUGCGAUGUGCUCAAGUCUGACGGACCAAGUUCGGAGUAUAGCAGACGUCACGACGGCCGUCGCUCAAGGCGACUUGAUGCAAAAGAUCGACAUCCAGGCUCAAGGCGAGAUCGCGGCACUCAAACAGACAGUCAACGGCAUGGUGGAUCAGCUUCGUUCGUUUGCGUCUGAGGUCACUCGAGUAGCGUUGGAGGUCGGCACGGAGGGUAUCCUGGGUGGUCAGGCGAAGGUGCCGGGCGCACAGGGUACUUGGCGUUCUUUGACCCAGAACGUCAACCGCAUGGCCACCAAUCUGACUGAUCAGGUGCGGGAGAUCUCGCGGGUGACCAAGGCCGUCGCCGAAGGCGACUUGACCCGCAAGGUUCACAUCGACGUCAAGGGCGAAAUGCUCGAGUUGAAGGCGACUGUGAACCGCAUGGUGGACCAACUGUCCGUUUUCGCUUCAGAAGUUACGAGGGUCGCGCUCGAGGUCGGCACGCAAGGCGUUCUCGGCGGGCAAGCACGAGUCGACGACGUCAAAGGCACAUGGGCUGAGCUCACGGGCAAUGUCAACAAUAUGGCUUCCAACCUGACCAACCAAGUGCGAGAGAUCUCCAACGUAACGAAGGCCGUCGCGCAAGGCAAUCUCUCGCGCAAGGUGCAUAUCGACGCGCGAGGCGAAAUGCUGGAGUUGAAGGUCACUGUCAAUCGCAUGGUGGAUCAGUUGUCCAUGUUCGCCUCGGAAAUCACUCGAGUGGCUUUCGAGGUUGGUACAGAUGGUAUACUUGGAGGCCAAGCACAAGUCGAUGGCGUCCAAGGCACAUGGGCUACGCUCACUGACAACGUCAACAAUAUGGCUGCCAAUCUGACGAACCAAGUACGAGAAAUAUCGGAGGUGACCAAGGCGGUAGCCGAGGGUCAGUUCACACAGAAGGUUCACGUCGACGUCCGCGGCGAGAUGUUGGAACUGAAGGAGACGGUCAAUCGUAUGGUCGACCAACUCUCGAUCUUUGCCUCCGAGGUGACCAGGGUAGCCCUGGAAGUCGGUACCGAGGGUAUACUCGGUGGGCAAGCAGAAGUCAUCGGAGUAAGCGGCAUGUGGGCUCAAUUGACGGACAACGUGAACAGCAUGGCUGCCAAUCUGACCAGUCAAGUGCGAGAGAUCUCCGAGGUGACGAAAUCAGUCGCCGAAGGAGACCUUACCCGCAAAGUAGAGGUCAACGUUAAGGGUGAAAUGGCGGCGCUCAAGAAUACGGUCAACCAGAUGGUGGACCAACUGUCGACGUUCGCCUCAGAAGUCACGCGUGUCGCCCAAGAAGUCGGAACCGAAGGCAUGCUCGGUGGUCAGGCCAAGGUCGUCGGAGUUCAAGGAACAUGGGCCGGUUUGACCGAUAACGUCAACAACAUGGCUACCAACCUGACGAACCAAGUGCGCGCCAUCUACGACGUCACCAAGGCUGUCGCGGAAGGCGAUCUCACCAAGAAAGUUCACGUAAACGUUAACGGGGAGAUGUUGAGCCUCAAGAAUACUGUCAAUCUCAUGGUGGACCAACUGUCGGUCUUUGCUUCCGAGGUUACGCGUGUCGCACUGGAGGUCGGUACUCAGGGUAUUUUGGGCGGUCAGGCGGAAGUCCCCGGUGUGCAAGGCACUUGGGCCAAGCUCACGGACAACGUCAACAACAUGGCCGCCAACUUGACGAACCAAGUGCGCGAGAUCUCGGAUGUCACUAAGGCUGUCGCGUCAGGCGACCUCACCAAGAUGGUUGAAGUCGACGUCAUGGGCGAGAUGCUGGACCUGAAAUUGACGGUGAACCGCAUGGUGGCCCAGCUCGGAACCUUCGCGUCGGAAGUGACACGAGUCGCCGCUGAAGUCGGAACGAAGGGCAUCUUGGGCGGUCAGGCUCAGGUCGAUGGUGUUCAAGGCGUUUGGGCAGGGCUCACCGACAGCGUCAACAACAUGGCAGCCAAUCUCACCUCGCAAGUGCGAGAGAUCUCCACGGUCACGAAAGCCGUUGCGCAGGGCGACUUGACUCAGAAAGUCCGCGUAGAUGCCCAGGGCGAAAUUCUUGAGCUGAAGUAUACUGUCAACUCCAUGGUGGACCAGCUUCAAGAGUUCGCGCGCGAGGUCACGCGUGUAGCACAAGAAGUCGGUACCGAGGGUAUGCUUGGUGGCCAAGCUCGCGUUGCCGGCGUACAAGGAACAUGGGCUGGUCUGACCGGUAGUGUGAACGACAUGGCAACCAACUUGACGAACCAAGUGCGCGAGAUCUCAGAGGUCACCAAGGCGGUCGCACAAGGCGACCUUACUCGAAAGAUCACUGUGAACGUCAAGGGUGAGAUAUUGGAGCUCAAGCUGACCGUUAAUUCCAUGGUGGAUCAACUCUCGACAUUUGCUGCUGAGGUCACACGGGUCGCUCUCGAGGUCGGCACGGAAGGUAUGCUUGGAGGUCAGGCUCGAGUUUUCGGAGCGAUGGGCAUCUGGGCUGGGUUAACCGAGAGUGUGAACAACAUGGCCACAAACUUGACCAACCAAGUAAGAGAGAUCUCCAACGUGACGAAAGCCGUCGCCCAAGGCAAGCUCGACCAGAAGGUCACUGUCAACGUGAAGGGCGAGAUCUUGGAACUGAAGGUAACCGUCAACUCCAUGGUGGAUCAACUAUCAACGUUCGCGUCGGAGGUCACCCGCGUCGCCCAAGAAGUAGGCACGGAAGGCAUCCUCGGAGGACAGGCGGAAGUCAUGGGUGCUUUGGGUAUCUGGGCCGCGCUGACGGAUAACGUGAACAACAUGGCCAUGAACCUCACGAAUCAAGUGCGAGAGAUAUCAGACGUGACGAAGGCCGUAGCCAGGGGAGACCUCACCCGCAAAGUCACGGUCAACGUCAAGGGUGAAAUACUCGAACUCAAGCUCACCGUCAACUCCAUGGUGGAUCAGCUGUCAACAUUCGCCUCCGAAGUCACACGAGUUGCCCAAGAGGUCGGCACAGAGGGUAUACUCGGCGGUCAGGCCAAAGUCAUUGGCGUCCAAGGCACCUGGGAGCAGCUGACGAAUAAUGUCAAUAAUAUGGCCUCCAACCUGACGAACCAAGUCCGAGAGAUAUCCAAAGUCACCAAGGCUGUGGCAAACGGCGACCUCACGCGUAAAGUCCGAGUGGACGUCAAGGGGGAGAUGCUAGAACUCAAAAUGACGGUCAACUCCAUGGUGGAUCAACUAUCGCUGCUGGCGCGGGAGGUUACCCGAGUUUCGCUCGAAGUGGGAACUGAGGGAAGACUGGGAGGUCAAGCUCAAGUUCCUGGAGUUGAAGGCACAUGGAAGACUCUAACCGAUCACGUCAACACGAUGGCGCAUAAUCUGACGACACAAGUGCGCGAGAUUUCCACCGUCACGAAAGCCGUAGCGCAGGGAGAUCUUAGUCGGAAGAUUAAUAUCAAUGCGCGGGGAGAGAUUCUAGAGCUGAAAGAGACCAUCAAUGAGAUGACCAGUAGUCUCAGUGUCUUCGCUAACGAGGUGACUCGAGUCGCGCGAGAAGUCGGCACAGAAGGCCGUCUUGGUGGGCAGGCGAACGUUGUCGGCGUUUCGGGAACCUGGAAGGAUCUGACGGAUUGUGUCAAUGUGAUGGCAAACAAUCUCACAUCACAAGUCCGGACUAUUGCCGAUGCUACAACCGCAGUAGCUCGAGGUGAUCUUAGUAAAAAGAUCUCCGGCGUCGUGGUGUCGGGAGAGAUGUUGGCCCUGGUCGUCACCAUCAACAACAUGAUUGAGGGCUUGAACGAAUUCGCUACGCAAGUCAAGAUGGUCGCACAACAGGUUGGCACACAUGGCAAGCUAGGCGUGCAGGCCGAAGUCGGCAGCGUGGAGGGUAUAUGGCGUGAAAUUACCGUUUCAGUCAACACUAUGGCGAACAACCUGACAUCACAAGUGCGAGGUUUCGCUCAUAUCUCGCAGGCGGCCAUGGACGGCGAUUUCUCGCGUUUCAUUACUGUCGAAGCCAGCGGAGAGAUGGACUCUUUGAAGAGUCAGAUCAAUCAAAUGGUCUUCAGUUUGCGCGACAGUAUACAACGCAACACAUCAGCCCGAGAAGCCGCAGAGCUGGCCAACCGGUCCAAAUCAGAGUUCCUUGCCAACAUGUCGCACGAGAUUCGAACUCCCAUGAACGGUAUUAUCGGCAUGACUGAGCUAACUCUCGAAACCGAAGGGCUCAGCAAUCAGCAGCGUGAAAACAUGAUGCUUGUCAGCAACCUUGCUCGCGGGCUUCUGUUGAUCAUCGAUGAUAUCCUCGAUAUCUCGAAGAUCGAGGCUGGGCGGAUGACGAUCGAAGCUGUCACGUACUCGUUCCGGCAGACUCUGUUUGGCAUCCUCAAAACCCUUGUUGUGCGAGCGUCACAAAACAACAUCGACCUCACCUACGACGUCGAUCCUGCCAUCCCUGACCAUCUAGUUGGCGACGCACUUCGACUUCGACAAGUAAUCACCAACCUAGUUGGCAAUGCAAUCAAGUUCACUCCGAACAACGAUUCGCGGAUGACUCGGGGCCAAGUCGCGCUCAUCUGCAGAUUGAUCGCUUCCGACGGUAAUCAUGUCUCACUGGAGGUCUGCAUAUCAGACACCGGCAUCGGAAUCGCCCAAGACAAACUCGACGUCAUCUUCGACACUUUCUCGCAGGCUGAUGGUUCGACCACUCGUGAAUUCGGUGGCACCGGGCUUGGUCUCUCCAUCUCGAAGCGGCUGGUGAACUUGAUGCACGGGAACAUGUGGGUGGAAAGCGAGCUUGGCAAAGGCAGCCGAUUCUUCUUCACUAUAUGCUGCCCUAUACACGAGGGCCCUGUGGAGGAGAUGAGUCGCAUCCUCAUGGCCGGCUCUCGCACUAUUCUCUUCAUCAACGCCCUUGGACCGGACCCGGACGUAGUUAGUCAGGUCGAACAACUGGGCCUCCGGACUCUCGUAUGCCCGUCAACGAAGAUGCUGAAGAACAAGGAUGAAACCCCCAAGAUCGAUGCUGUGAUCACGGAUUCCGCCGUGGCUACGAACGAACUUCGACGCCUGGAGCACCUGCGAUAUAUCCCGGCCGUACUGCUUACAAACCCGACUACGCCUCUGAACAUGAAAUGGUGCUUGGACAACAGUGUGGCGGCGCAUACGACAAAGCCAACGUGUCCGGAGGAUUUGGCCUCAGCCCUCCAUGCGGCCUUCGGCAUGAGUGCGGUCACGGAUUUAUCUGCUGAUAGCGAGAUUGCAUACGACAUUCUCCUCGCGGAAGACAACGCAGUCAAUAUCAAGAUUGCGCAAAGGUUCCUCGAGAAACUUGGACACAAGGCGGAUGCUGCUGAGAACGGCAGCAUCGCGUACGAGAAGUUCAAGGAUCGGCUACUCUCCAACCAUCCAUACGACAUCGUUCUGAUGGAUCUGCAAAUGCCCGUAUUGGGUGGCAUCGAGGCGACCAAACUGAUCCGCAAAUUUGAACAAGAGCUGAAUGUUGUACGCACACCCAUCGUCGCUCUCACCGCUCAUGCGAUGGUCGGUGAUCGCGAGCGUUGCCUAAGGGCCGGUAUGGACGAGCAUGUGACAAAACCGUUGAAGCAGCAAGAAUUGCAGGUGGCUUUGCGACUUGCUCGCGAACGUGCGCUUGCUCGAUUAGGCAAGAUCAAAAAGGCAAAGAAAGCUGCUGCCGAUGCCGCAGAGUCCAGAGCUCAUCCGUAAUGCGCCUCUUCACGCUCCCCCGCUUGAUGCAUUGGAUGCUUGUCUUCACUGUAUUCACCAUCUCAUUAUCCCGUCGUCGCACUUACACUCAUCAUCAUCUCAUGUCUUGUUUAUCUGCAUUUUGUAUCAUAGGCAACAUGUUUAUACCCUGAAUCCCG